CUCCAUUGAAAGCAACUAUUGUACAAUGAGUUUUAAAUUGAAAAGUGCAAAUAGUGCCAUAUUUUUAUGUUAUUUGUGUUUUAUGCGUUCUUCUUUUCAUUUAACUAGUAAUUAGUUGUUGUUUCCUCAUGGUCGUAUUUAAAGUUUUACUCGAAUGAAUUUAAUACAUCUAACCUAUCAAGUCUAAAAUUUUUAGCUGAAGAGACAACCUUAUUACAACAUAUAAUUAAUAUGGAAGGAGUUUCUGAAAAAAAGAAAACUGAUCCUGGAUGGAAUGAUCCACCCAUGUUAAGUUACAGUCACUCUAAUCCACCACCAAAAUCUAGAAUUAGUAAUAAAAGAGUAGCUUACCCUUUAUUUACUAAUCAAAAAGAGAAAACAGAAGUAGAAGCUGCUCCCCUUCAAUUUGCAAUUGCCAAGGAUAUGUCAAAUAAACAAGACAGUGUAGAUGGGAAUAGUUCUGAAAUUUUAACAAAAUCUUUAGAUAAUUUCAAUAAGGUGCUAGAUGAAAGUGGUUUAGAACAAAAACAGGUUAUAAGUAAAAUGCUUCAAAAUAUGAAAAAGAUGUGGGAAGAACACAAUAUUACGCAACUGAAAAUGGAACACAAUAUGGAAGUUGGCUAAUUGGAAUAAGGCAUUUAAUUAAUAGAGCAUAAUCAAGUAUAAAUGAAGUAAGAAAAAAUUACAUGUAUUAAAAUUUGGUGUAUUAUUCAUCUUUAACAAUCAUACAAAUGUGAAUAAGAAUAUUCUGAGGGUGUAGUACUUAGAUAAAACCUCAGUGUUGUUUUUAAUUUAAGACAAAAUGUAUCAUGUAUCUUCUGUAGUUAAUAUCAUUGAUUUAUUUAUUA